GAGUGGCCUGGUUGGGGACCGGGCUCUGGAGGCGGUGCUUGCUCGCGGCCGCACCACGCCUCUCCCGCAGGAAGGCGCCCGCGAAGGCUCAGCUGCCCGGUUCACAGAGAGCCGGCGGCUGCGGUUCGACCUAAGAGACACCGGCGUCCGUCCUCAGGCCUCCGGUCCGUCCUCAGACCACCCACGGGCGGUCCCAGGGGGUCCCGGAACGCCGGCCGGCGGGAACCCGGAGGCCGGAAACCAUGAGCGGCGUCCUGCGCUCCGGAUCAAGCAGCUGGCGGCGGGCGGCCACCUUGGUGCUGGCGGCGGGCUGGGCGCACCCAGGCCCCGGAGCCCCGGCGCUGCCGCCGCUGCCCAACGAGGGCUUCCGGCUGCUGCUGCUGCAGCGCUCCUCGCAGCAAGGCUUCAUGCCCGGGGCGCACGUCUUCCCGGGCGGCGUGGUGGACGCGGCCGACGGCUCGGACGAAUGGCUGCGCCUCUUCGCGCCGCACCACGGGCCGCCGCGCUUCGGCCUGGGCUCCCCGCCGCCCUCGCGCACCACCUUCCCGGUGCUGCCCGCCGCGGGGCCCGACACCGCCGCGGAGGACCGCGCGGGGCUGCCGGACGACGUGGCCUUCCGCAUCUGCGCCAUCCGCGAGACCUUCGAGGAGGCGGGCGUGCUGCUGCUGCGGCCCCGCGCCUCGCCGCCGCCCGCCGCGCCCGAGCCGGGCCGCGCCCUCCCGCCGCCCGCCGGCCUGGCCGCCUGGCGCGCCCGCGUCCGCCGCGACCCGCGCGACUUCCUGCGCCUGUGCGCGCACCUCGACUGCACCCCCGACAUCUGGGCGCUGCACGACUGGAGCGUCUGGCUCACGCCCUUCUCGCGGCGCGGCGGCCGCCGCUUCGACACGACCUUCUUUCUGUGCUGCCUGCGUGACCCGCCGCCCGUCUACCCGGACUUGGAAGAGGUGGUGGGCAGCCAGUGGUCAUCUCCGUUAGAGGCAACUGAAAGUUUCAUAUCAAAAGAAAUUUGGAUGGCACCCCCACAGUUCUAUGAAAUAAGAAGACUUGAAAACUUUGCCUCUCUCUCUGACUUGCACAAGUUUUGUUUGGAUCAUGUAUUAGAAGGGGUGGAAAGAUGGAUGCCGAUCUUAUUAUUAACUGCUGAUGGGCAGAUCUCACUUUUACCAGGAGAUGAGCUGUACUUAGAAGACUCAAACUUCUUAGAAAACCUUUUGUCCACUGAAAAAAAGACUGAAGAAAUCAUGAAGGAAGGCAAGAAAUUUCACCGAGUAGUGAUCUACAGUCGCCAUGUUUAUAGUAUCCAUGUGACUGUUCAGUCAAAGUAUAAACAUGUUUAUCCUAAGACCUAUGUAAUAAAUAAGAGCCAUUUGUAGUGCAUUGUUUAAAGCUGGCCUACUUGAAGUUGUCCUAAUAAAUAAUGGGCGAUAAAUAGACUUGCUUGGAACUUGAAGGAACUUUGUGCCUAUAAAAGUUUUAGUACAGUGUUUUAUAUUUCAAGUGUAUUAUGGAGCUUUCUUGCUUAUUUUGUCUAAACCUUACAGUGUCACGCAAGUAUAAAGUAUUAGUGAUCUUUUUACUAAAAUGAGAAAAAAAAUUUCACAAGGGUUUCCACUUCUGUAUUGUUUUAUUAUCAAAAGUUUAAAUAAAAUGUUCUACUGCCAUUGUUUUUUAAA